CCUCCUCGUGCCUCCUCCUCUCGCGCGGCAGCCCACCCACGACUAUCUAGGUGCGCCUUCGUCCCGCUGCAUCACUCUUCUACCUCAAUCUGCUCCAUCCACCAGCUCCCUGAACCUACCCUCCUGCAAUCAUGGACAUUAACCAGGUGUUGGAGGGGACCCUCUCUCCUGAUUCCAACAUCCGCCAGAGCGCUGAAACACGGCUCACCCAGGCGGCCGAGGCCAAUUUUUCUGAAUACCUGACGAUCCUCAGCCAAGAACUGGCCAACGAGUCGGCCCAGCCUCACAUUAGAACCGCCGCCGGUCUUGCGCUCAAGAACGCCUUCUCAGCGCGUGAAUACGCCCGGUUACGUCAGGUCCAGGAACGAUGGCUCAGCCUGAACCCCGAAAUCAAGCAGAGCGUCAAGGGUCUUGCUCUCCGCACCCUCUCCACCCCCGAUUCUCGCGCCGGGCAGUCGGCCGCCCAGUUCAUUGCCUCGAUUGCCGCCAUCGAGAUACCCCGCCAACAAUGGCCGGAGCUGAUGCCCACGCUCGUGGAAAACGUCGGGCAGGGUGCAGACCACCAGAAGCAGGCCUCGCUGACUACCAUUGGCUUCAUUUGCGACACCGAGGACUUUGAGUUGCGCGAGGCCCUGCAACAUCAUUCCAAUGCUAUCCUCACCGCAGUGGUCCAGGGUGCCCGCAAAGAGGAGCCCAACAAUGACGUUCGACAUGCCGCCAUAUCGGCCCUGAGCGACUCGAUCGAGUUUGUCCGGUCCAACUUCGAGAACGAGGGUGAGCGAAACUACAUCAUGCAGGUUAUCUGCGAGGCCACGCAGGCCGACGACGGCCGCAUCCAGCAGGCCGCAUAUGGCUGCUUGAACCGCAUCAUGGGCUUGUACUACGACAAGAUGCGCUUCUACAUGGAGAAGGCCCUCUUCGGCCUCACGAUCCAGGGCAUGAAGAGCGACGAGGAGGACGUUGCUAAGCUCGCGGUUGAGUUUUGGUGCACUGUGUGUGAGGAAGAGAUCGCCAUCGAAGACGACAACACCCAGGCUCAAGCCGAGGGCUCCACUGAGCUGAGGGAUUACUACAAUUUCGCUCGAGUGGCCACUCAAGAAGUCGUCCCGGUGUUGCUUGAACUCCUCGCCAAGCAGGACGAGGACGCCGGUGACGAUGAAUACAACAUCUCCCGUGCUGCAUAUCAGUGUUUGCAGCUUUGGGCGCAGUGCGUCGGCAGCGGUGUUGUCCCCCCUGUUCUCGCCUUCGUUGAGAAGAACCUUCGGUCCGAAGACUGGCAUUACCGCGACGCGUCCGUCUCUGCCUUCGGAGCCAUCAUGGAAGGCCCAGAAGAGAAUGUCCUGGACCCCAUCAUCAAGCAAGCGCUGCCUGUGUUGAUUGCGAUGAUGGAUGACCAGGUGAUUCACGUCAAGGACUCGGCAGCUUAUGCUCUUGGUCGAAUCUGCGAGACGUCACCCAACACAGUCGACGCACAGCAACACCUGCCGUCUCUAAUCGGAGCCCUCUUCAACGGCCUUUCAAGUCACCCCAAGAUGGCAGCAUCGUGCUGCUGGGCUCUGAUGAAUCUUGCGGACCGAUUUGCCGGUGAACCAGGCUGCCAGACAAACCCACUGACGACUCACUUCCAACAGAGCAUUACUCAUCUUUUGCAGGUCACGGAACGAGCUGAUGCGGACAAUCAACUCCGAACUGCAGCAUAUGAAGUACUCAAUGCUUUUGUUACUAACUCUGCAAAUGAUAGUAUCGGCCUCGUAGCUACUCUGUCGAACGUUAUCCUUGAGCGUCUGGAGAAGUCAAUCACUCUGCAGUCACAGGUCGUUAGCGUCGAAGAUAAGUUGACAUUAGAGGAGAUGCAGACCAGCUUAGCUAGCGUCGUUAUGUCGAUUGUGCAACGAUUGGAAGGAGACAUUAGGCCACAGGCCGAUCGUAUCAUGCAGAUUUUGCUACAGCUGCUUUCGACAGUUGGCGGAAAGUCUAGUGUUCCAGAUACCGUCUUUGCCGCCAUUGGCUCGAUUGCAACCGCCCUUGAAGAGGACUUCAUCAAGUACAUGGAAGCCUUCACACCUUACCUCUACAACGCCCUUGGCAACCAAGAAGAACCUGGUCUGUGCUCUAUGGCGAUAGGUCUUGUCAGCGAUAUUACUCGUUCGUUGGGCGAGAAGGUCCAGCCGUUUUGCGAUGCCUUCAUGAACUAUCUCCUUAAUAACCUCAGGAGUAACCAGCUUGGUAACCAAUUCAAGCCUGCAAUCCUCCAGUGUUUCGGCGACAUUGCCCAGGCCAUUGGCGGCCACUUCGAGACAUAUCUCGCGGUCGUUGCUCAGGUCUUGCAGCAAGCCUCUUCAGUGUCCGUAACGCCAGAUGGCAACUUUGAGAUGAUGGAUUACGUCACUUCUCUUCGCGAGGGUAUCAUGGAUGCCUGGGAUGGCUGCAUUAUUGCGAUGAAAUCAAGUGGCAAGACUCAACUCAUGGUCCCUUACGUUGACUCUAUCUUUGAACUCCUUCGCGUAAUCUUCUCAGACACCAACCGCACUGAAGCACUCUUACGAUCUUCUUGUGGUGUCAUUGGUGACCUUGCGGACGCAUUUCCCGCCGGCGAAUUUAGGGAGUACUUCCGACAUGACUUUCUUACAGCUAUGACGCGGGAGACUCGAGCCAACCAAGAUUUCCUGGGCCGAACGCGCGAUACUGCUCGAUGGGCACGAGAACAAAUCAAACGCCAAGUCGGCGGCAAUCAAGGCGUCAUGGCCUGAAUAUCAUGACCCCCACCCUUUCCCCCUUUCGGCGUCGUAUGGGUUGCUUUGAGCGGAGAAUUAGUUGACAUGCUGGAUACCCUUUCUUGGGAAUCUAUCCGGCGUUUUGACUAAGUUCUCUCUCUAGGUGAUAUCAGCUUGGGA